AUGCGCCUGCUUGCUUUCCUCGGCCUUGCUGCCGGCCUGGUUACCGCGCUCCCGGCCACAUGCAGCGAAGAGCUCCCAGCUGCCUCGAGCGACUGCCCAACCCUCUGCAUCGACGGCAUCAACGAGUGCAACGAGCCCUGGGGCGGAUGCUACAACGUCUGCAACCCGGAAGAAAGCCCAACCAUGCCUCCCUGCUCCGAGCCCACGCCCACCUCGAUGCCCAUCUACCAUGACACCCCCACCGCCACCGCGUCACAGAGCGACAACUGCAGCACCCGCUCCGUCUGUGCCGACUAUGUGAACGAGUGCGGCAUCUGGUACGGCGGGUAA